CAAGGUGCCUGUCCAAUGGAGAUGCAGGUAUGCCGACGGGCGCAUGACGCUGGGGUUGAAAACUCUUGGUUUGCGCGUGACUCUGACAUUGCCGGCACCACCGAGACUAUAAAUCGGCAACCCUCGAACUCGACGUCUCCCGCCACUCACCGGCUGCUGGCGAUCGGCGAGCGACUCCCGGAGGCGAUGGCGAAAGUACACCCCAGCGCCGCCGCAGCAGCAGCAGCAGCAGCGUGCACCGGGGGCGGGGGGGUGAGGCCCGCCGCGGUGCUGACCGUGUGGCGGAGGUCGCUCCUCUUCAACGGGAACGGGUUCGCUGUGUUCGAUGCGAAGGGGAACUUGGUGUUCCGGGUCGACAACUACGCCUCGGGUAGCAAGGCGGAGGUCCUCCUCAUGGACGCCGCCGGCAAACCGCUCCUUACCAUUCGGAGAAAGAAACUGAGCCUAAAAGACCAGUGGCUGAUCUACGAGGGAGAGGAGGCAGCUAAUCCACGGUUCGCGGCCAAGAGGCAUGUGAGCCUCCUCCACCACGGGGCACUGGCACAUGUCACUCCAUGUGUCUCAGGUGCCAAGCCUUGCCAUGCCUACGAGAUCCAAGGCUCCUACUUGCAGCGGUGCUGUGCCGUCGUCGAUGAUAAGAGGCGGCAAUUGAUGGAGAUCAAGAGGAAGGAGCCUGCCAAAGGCAUCAUCACCUUUGGCCUCGACGUCUUCCGCCUGAUCGUGCAGCCAGGCUUUGACACCUCAUUCGCAAUGGCUAUUGUGAUGCUUCUGGAGCAGAUGUUUGGAUCCCCAUCAUAACUUUGAUCCUUCAAACUAGUGUUGGAUAUGUUUGCAAGUGUGAACGUAGGAGGAGGCGAAGGGCUAAACGAAUACGGAUUAAUGAUGCUUCUUCCAUUGGAUGGAUGAUGGAUGCUAUGGGACACAAGUGUUUCGAAAUUUUGAUGCCUAAACAUAAUAAUAGAAAGCUUGUUUUGGGAUUUAUUUCAA